UUUAGUAUGUUAAAAUUUAGUAGACUGGGCUCAUGCUAGUAGAGAGACAUCUCAGAUUUGCGGCCAAUGAAACAGACACUGGCACAUCACCUCAUCAUAAAUGAAAGAAAUGAAGAAUGAAGACAAGAAUGACUACCGUCUUGGAAUCCUUCUUCUGGACAUUUUUUCCUCAGUUGGGAUAUGUUUUCUGUUGAAGUUAUUGGACUUUUUUCACUGAGAAUGGAUUUUCAUGAGAAGGGAGUUCAUCUGCUUUUCAUCACUUUUUCAGGCAAGGAACACUCUUAAACGUCUGAGAAUUAUCCUGAGAAUGAAAAGUCAAGGAUAAACACGUAAAUCAAUAGAUCACUGAUGACUUUGCACUUUAGUAAGGUUAGGUUGUAAUUUCAAAAUAAGCGCAUGUUCAUGGAUAUAGCCGCUUCAAGUAGGAAGUAUGCUGUGAUGGGAUCUGGAUGACAGCCAGACAGAACAAGGGGCGGACAAACGAAACAACAGCAGCUAAAGAGGGAAGAUGUUUUGUUUUCCCCAAUGGGAGCAAAGAAAAUCUACAACUUUGUGUCCAUUUCUUCCUCUUGAAAACAUCAGUAUCUUGGUCUGUUUAAACUAUUAAUGUUCAAAUUUGAAAAAAAUGACAUUUGAUGCAACAAUGAUCGCUUUUAACAUGACUCAUCAGCAAACACCAUUGGAAACUAUAAGGGAAAACUACUUAGUGACAUCACCCAGUACAGAGGUCACGACCCCUGCUGUGAUAAAAAGACAAGUAGUGGCCGUUGGCUGUAUUCUUAGUGUGGGAUCCAUUUUGAUCAUCUCCAUCAACCUUUUAGUCGUCAUUGCCCUGGUCCUGCUCAUCCGGAAGAGGGGCUACCAGAGCUGGUGUUUUGUCUUAAACCUAUCCAUAGCGGACAUCCUGGUUGGUGUAGCUAUCACUGGCAUUGCCACUGAUGCUCUCAAAGGAACGACAGCCUCCAUGGAAAAGGGCAUUUGUUUGUUGCGCAUGACCUUUAUCAUUGCACCCUCUGCGGCCUCUAUCCUAACCAUGUUUUUGAUCUCACUGGACCGCUACGCAGCUAUAAAGUUGCCACUGCGCUAUUCCCAGCUAAUGAACAAUAAGAUGAUUGCUGGGACUCUGGUUCCUGUCUGGCUCAUCGCAGUGACUUUGGCAUUUUUACCCUGCAUUUUUGAACCGAUGCAGAAGGAAGACUAUCACAACGUCUGCACAUUCUUCUCCGUCAUAGAACCAAAGAGCAUCAUUCUUCUUUUCUGUCUUUUUUUCUUUCCAUUACUCUCCAUAUUCAUCUAUAUUUACAUGGACAUUCUGAAAAUUGCAUGCGGCCACCAGAAGCGCAUCCGUGCCCAGCUAGCAGGCUCACGCUUUCUGACGUCUAGCCGUUACUGGGGUCAUGUAAAAGCCCUGAGGACUGUUGCCAUGCUGGUUGGCUGCUUCACCCUCUGCUGGUGCCCCUUUUUUGUGGUCAGUAUUGUGCAGGCAUCAUGUCCAACAUGUAAACUUUAUGACUUUUUGGAGAACCAUCUCUGGCUGCUGGGACUUUCAAACUCCUUAAUAAAUCCUCUUGUUUAUGCUUGCUGGCAGCGAGAAGUGAGAAACCAGAUCUGUGAGAUCUUCGCUCAUAUUAAAGUCGGGUUGUGUCGUGUGACACACUCUCAGACAGUGGACAGAUGCCCUGCAGACCACCCGACUGUCACUCAGGCAGUAACGUGUCAUGACAAGAUUCUACCCACACCAUUAAAUUUCAGUAGGUCUGUCACAAUUCCUGAACAACAUCCUGAAAAUGUUUCCAACAGAUUGAGAAUGUCCUUUUAGUCCACUGGACAUAGGAAACUGUAAAAAGUCUACAUAACUGCUACAUCCCUUAA